UUUCCCUUCCUUCAACCUUUUGUACUCCCGCCCCCACUCUCCUCUCUUCUGAUGUGCUGGUGAGAUUGACUAGAGGGCGAACCAUAGGCCCCAGUGAAAAUCUCAUUCGACAUCUCUAGACAUCAAUGAUAGAAUAUAGACCCCUCUCCACCAUGGACGCAGCGCCCAAAAUCGAUGAGCCUGAUCCUCUAUCGCCGUUGCGGCCACCAUCGCACAAUGGCGCUGCGCCCUCCACCUAUCGAACCAACGCCGACGUGCUGAACCGCGCCAUCCAGGAUAUUGGGAUGGGCCGAUACCAGUGGCAGCUGUUCGCCGUCAUCGGGUUCGGUUGGGCUAGCGAUAACCUGUGGCCGAUCGUUACCUCACUCAUCCUCGUCCCCGUGUCCUAUGAAUUUAAUGUCGCCCAACCACCACUGUUGACUCUCGCUCAGAACAUCGGACUGCUGGUGGGUGCACUAUUCUGGGGCUUCAGUUGCGAUUUAUUCGGGCGCCGAUGGGCCUUCAAUCUCACAAUUGGCAUCACUGCCGUGUUCGGUCUGGCGGCUGCUGGAUCACCUACCUUCGCUGCGGUCGGGGUUUUUGCAGCCUUAUGGUCGGUCGGGGUAGGAGGAAAUCUACCGGUGGAUUCUGCCAUCUUUCUCGAGUUCCUACCGGGAUCGCAUCAGUACCUUUUGACUGUCUUGUCCGUUAACUGGGCCCUGGCACAGCUGUUGGCGAAUCUCGUCGCAUGGCCGCUGUUGGGCAACUUGACCUGCUCGUCGGUAAAAACCUGUACCAAGGAUAACAACAUGGGCUGGCGGUAUUUCCUGAUCGCCAUGGGCGGGAUGGCUCUGCUCAUGUGCAUCAUCCGCUGGCUAUUCUUCACCCUUUAUGAGUCUCCCAAGUAUCUCAUGGGUAGAGGCCGUAAUGAAGACGCUGUGACGGUUGUUCACGAAGUCGCACGCCGCAAUGGAAAGAUGUCCGACUUGUCAUUGGACCAUCUGGACGAGCUCAUGAGCGUCGAUGACGAAGAGCAAGCCCCUCGCCAGGGUCUGAGCACAUCCGAUCAAAUGCGCAUGUUGAUGGAGCCUCUCAGUCUUUCACACGUUAAAGCACUCUUCAGAACCCCGCGGCGUGCCUGGUCUACCGGCCUGAUGAUCUGUAUUUGGACUCUGAUCGGGCUUGGUUUCCCCCUCUACAACGCCUUCUUGCCUUUUCUCCAACAAACCCGUGGCGUUCAAUUUGGUGACGGCUCUACAUACAUCACCUACCGCAACUCGCUCAUCAUUGCGGCUGUCGGCUUGCCGGGCAGUCUUGUUGGCGGCGCUAUGGUCGAACUCCCUCGCCUCGGUCGGAAGGGCACCCUCUCCUUCGCCGCCGUCGCAACGGGAACGUUCCUCCUCGCGUCGACGACGGCCUCAACCUCUGAGGCCCUCCUCAGCUGGAACUGCGCCUACAGCUUCACGAGCAGUCUGCUUUACGCUGUGCUGUAUUCAUAUACGCCGGAGAUGUUCGAAACCAAAGACCGCGGAACUGGAAAUGCAUUGGUCAGCGCCGCUAAUCGCGUGGGAGGUAUCCUGGCUCCCAUCAUUGCCAUCUUUGCCAGCGUACAGACGACUAGUCCAGUGUACGUAAGUGGGGUAUUAUUCCUGGUGGCCGGGCUCUUGGUUUUGCUUAUUCCGUAUGAAACGAGGGGGAAGACAAGUUUGUAGAUCUCCACUGUAUAUUUACUUGUUGUAAAUGCUCAUUGUGCAUAAUCAGGACGAUUGGUCAUAGAGGCUGAUCGCCGCAUAUAACCUGUAUCUUCGGUAGGGUGGAUGCGGUACCAUGAUGCAUAAUGUGGAUGUUCCGUGAUAUAUCUUGAGCACAUAUAUCUACUGUAUAUCUCAAGGCGGACUAGAACUCAUAUCAUUACAGCGGUAAUAGCUAGUGAUGCUCAGACGGCGCUUGUGUCUUCCCUAACAAGAAUAACGAAC